CGGAUUUGGUAUGGGUGAAGGUAAUGUAUAUAAUGUUUCUUUUGUUCACAUAGUAUAGUCAAUAAUAGUAAAUUGAUUAGUAGUAUCGCUAAUAGUCAAGUAACUCGGUAUCGUUAUGUAUUUAUUUUAUCUUAACAAAAUAUAUAUGUACGUAUAUUUAUUGAAUAUUAUAUAGGUAUGCCGCCAGAUUUCGGUGGGCCUGAUAUGGAUAUACCAAUGAGUGGCCCUGGCGGUCCUCCGGGUAUGCCUCGACCUCCGUUUAUGAAUCCAACAGGCUUCCCGGGCACAUUUCCUCCAGAAGAAAUGUUUGGUGGUAUGGGCGGACCGUUCCCGGGUAUACCUCCUCAAGAUAUAAUGCAAUUUGGUGGCCCUGGAGGUCCUAUAUCGUUUAACCCACGGGGCGGGUUCGGUGGCCGGGGCGGACGUGGUGGAAUGAUGAUGCGAGGUGGCAAGAUCUUUACAGGUCGACGAAGAAGCAUGGAUAUAGAUAAUCAUAACAAUAGCAUCCACUCCAACAAAAAGCAUCGACAUGAUGGCGAAGAAGAGGGUGGCGCACGAAGAGGAGGAGGAGAUGAUAAUGAACGAUCGGAUCAACAAAAGGGCGUCGAUAUGGCUGGUCCUGAUGAAGCGAUUCCUACUGCUCCACGUGCUGAACGGGAGAGGUAUGCACAUCAUCAAAAAAGCAGCAGCAGCGGUGGUGGUGAUGCUAUCGUUGGAGGCAGCAGUAUCAGAUAUCGAAGCAGCAGUAGCAGACAUCACAGUAGCAGACGGUCGAGAUCGCCCGGCUCGCGCUCUCGGUCACCUCGAAGAGAUAGUCAUCGUAGUAGCCGCCGAAGAUCGCGUAGCCGAACAUCACGUUCCAGAUCACCUAGUGGUGCAGCCAAUGCCCCUUCGUCUUCUCAUAAGAACAGUAGCAGCAAGCGCGAAAGCCGGAGCCGCAGACGUUCAACAAGCCGCUCACGAUCUCCGUCCAAAUCCAGAGAACGACACACUUCUUCCAGAUCAUCUCAUCGUAGUUCAAGACACCAUUCAUCAAAGUAUCGGGACAGAGGCCACGAAAAGGACAAAAGUCGAGAGAGAAGCCGACGACGUGAGACGGAGGACAGGGAUAAAAGUCGAGACAAGAGUAGUAGAAGACGUGAUCGCGAUAGGCGAUAAGAUCGGAAGAGGUGUUUUAAUCAUUGCUUGAUUGGCGCUUUUAUAUCAUCUUACUUUUGCAUCAAAUGUACUUUUUUCUUUCUCUUUUAUACUUAAUUCCUUUGCUCAAAUCUCAAAUAAAGCGUGUCCUUUUUCUCCACGAUCUUUUAUCCUUACUUUUGAGCUAGCAACAUGUUAGCUGGUAACUGGUUGUUGUGUUGUCAUCUUGCUAUUCGACGAACGUAACACAAGAAAGAAAGAACUUUAUCUCGAGUCCUUUAAUUCAAACA